UAUGUACCAUUAAUGGAGAGUGUUGCAGUCCCAACUUUUUACAAAAUCUUUUGAAAACGUGUUAAUACCUACUUUACAUUGUAUCUGUACUGUGUGCAGUUUUUAAUGUUUUUAGUGCUCGUCUGAGGACAGAAGUUAUCGAUGUGCCAUGGAUGUACCCGAGAAGGAUUUAUACCGGUCCAUAGAGGAAGCCACCAAGCAGAUGUCGCAAGAUCUCGAUCUGGUUGGACAAGGGAAGGGAACUUCGCAGCUGAAAUCGGUUUUGAAGAAAGCAUUUGUUAAAGAUAAAGCUCGUUUCGAAGACUCGUGGAAAAAGAGUUAUCUUUUGCUGGAUCCCAAGCGCAAAUCCAAGAAAUCGAAAAAGCCCCGACCACCACAAGGUCUCACGCAUAAGGAGCGCAAAGAGCUGAAAGUGUUUGACAUCCCGAAGGAGCAGCAAAAGUUCAGUAUAUUUGAACCUCUGCAUGCUUUGUGGUGCGGAUACAUGGAGGAGGCAUUCCGUUUAUCCCAUCUGCAGAGUUCUGGUGUGAACAAUACACAGGAAGAUCUGACCAAAGCGGAUUAUCAUGGUGCCAUGUUGAAAGUUGUAGAAUCGAACAACCCCAGCCUGGUUGGUGUGGAAGGAAUCGUAACACGCGAGACCAGGAAUACGUUUCAUCUCAUUACGCGGGCAGACCAGCUGAAAAUCAUCCCGAAAUCGGUUUGCACUUUUGAAUAUGCAGUCGGAAAUGUGCGCGUGAAAAUCUAUGGAGUUAAUUUCUGUUCUCGCCCGGCAGAUAGGAUAAAGAGGAAGCUGGGAAAGCGAAAACCAAUUCGAGUGAUUUGAUCACAUUGCCGUGCUUGUGAAAUUCACAUUUCACACCGUCUGUGACUGAAAACUGAGAAAUUUUAUGGUUUUUAAUGGGGUUGUGCUACGAGUGGUACUUUUGGAUAUUACCGUUCGAUGCGAAAUUCACAAAACAGUCUGUCUGACAUUCAGAAUUUGACAAUCAUUGAAUUGUCAUUUAUGUACAGUAUAGUACCGAAUAUUUAACGGGUAAUAACAUAACAUGCAACAAUAAAACAUU